AUGAGCUCUACCGAGGAGCGUUUAGAAUUAGCUAUUGAACCGUCAUCAGACUCGGAACGAAGACGGAUAUCGUUAAAAAUAUACACAGUUGAGGUUUCAAGUUGUUGCGCCUAUCUUUUAUUUGUCGCUCUCGCAUUCGUCACUGGAAAUGCUGUCAUAGAGUCUUCAAUACACAACAAGUCUCUUUCUGAUGCCGGAACUGCCUUGACACCAAAUAAUUAUGCCACCUCCAUCUAUACACUACUUGUUAUUGUGUCUCUUGGAGUUGUGGUCGGAUAUCUCACACAGCUGUGCCGUCUGCCCAGCCUCUUAGGGAUGCUCGUGGUCGGUAUAGCCUUGAGAAAUGUGCCAGUGAUAAGUGGAUCAUUAUUUGUGGUUAAAGAAUGGAGUGUUAUACUGAGAAGGGUAGCUUUUGUUGUGAUUCUACUUCGCGGCGGACUUCUCUUGAUGCUAGCGCGAUUCGGGGUUGAGGGUGCUUGUGUUCGUUUGUCGCUGAUUCCUUGUACGGUUGAAACGCUCGUUGUUGCCAUAUCGGCCAAAUUAGUUUUUGGUAUGGACAUAAUAUUCGGCAUACUACUCGGCGCAGUGCUGGGCGCCGUUUCCCCUGCUGUAGUGAUUCCUGCUCUGUUGGACGCCUCUAAAGCAGGUUAUGGCGUUCAAGCUGGUGUGCCGUCUCUGGUUAUCGCUGCUGCCAGCCUUGAUGAUGUAUACGCAAUAACUAUUUUUAGUCUGGCUUUGUCCUUGCUGUUUCCAUCAGGCAGCAGUCCGUUGAUGACGAUCCUGGCCGCUCCCGCUGAGGUUUUCGCUGGCAUAUUCUUUGGAACUGUAAUGGGAUUUUUGCUCCACGUCCUACCGAGAAAAGAAGUGAAAAACCUACACCUUAUUCGUCUAUCGCUUUUGUUCACAUUUUCCACCGCCAUUCUUUUUGCUACAAUUCGAUAUGGUGUGGACGGUGCAGGAGCCAUAGCAGUCUUGGUGGCUGCAUUUGUUGCAGGUCACUCAUGGAAGAAAGAAGGUCCCCUUCCCGAGGAGGAUCAUCUUGCCAAUCUCUGGCACCUUGCCUUUCAACCGCUUUUGUUUGGCCUAAUUGGAUUCGAACUCAGCUUUGAAAUGGUGCUGUCAAAUACCAUAUUUUUUGGGUGUCUUGUGCUUGGAAUCGGCUUGACGUUUCGGAUUUAUCGCUUCUUUCUUCGCCGUUUUUGGUACUUCCUUCACCAUGCGUGA